UGAGUUUGAGUUUCGCUUUGUUGUGAGUGUUUUUUUACGAAAUUAAGUGUAAAUCCAGCAUGUCUGAAAACUCAGAAGCUGGGGCCUCUGAAAGCCACGAGGCGCCAGAAAAUAUGGACGACUCUGAUGUGGUUACGAUGACUUUGAACGAUGUUCUGGAAUUUGAGGAUGAAAUGAUUGAGAAUACAGCCGCAGUUUUGGGGGCUGCGAACGAUAAGAACUGUUCCUACAACGAGGGGUACUUGAAGCGCCAGGCACUGUACUCUUGCCUGACAUGUAUUCCCGAAGCCAAAACAGACCCGUCAAUGGCUGGCGGCGUGUGCUUGGCCUGCUGUUUUCAUUGCCAUGAUGGUCACGAUCUGAUUGAGCUUUACACGAAGAGAAACUUCAGGUGUGACUGUGGGAAUGCGAAGUUUGCAAAUAGCGGCAGUAAAUGUACGCUUUGCGACAGCAAAGAUGAAGCCAACGAGCUGAACAGCUACAAUCAGAACUUCUCGGGCACUUACUGUGUCUGCCAUCGUCCUUAUCCAGAUCCCGAAGAUCCUAUUCCGGAUGAAAUGAUCCAGUGCAUUAUCUGCGAGGAUUGGUACCACUCCAGGCAUUUGGGCGUGGAAGUACCCGAGGAUAACUUUGCUGAAAUGACUUGUGCAAUGUGCAUUAGCAAGCAUGAGUUUUUAUUGCAUUACGAUGGCUUGACUACAACGAAACUCAGCAACACUGAUGAACAAUCUGAGGUUGAUGUCACAGCAGAAGAAAAUCUGAAUCGAGCUCCGCUAACUGGUACUUUAUGCACUAAACCAAGGGGCAAAUCGGAAAAAAUGGUCACCAAGUUCUGGCUAGAGACGACUUGGAGAAAGCAAUUGUGCACCUGCGACAGCUGUUUGAAAAUGUACGAGCAAGAAGAUGUAGCUUUUCUCUUGGACAAUGAAGAUCCGGUGCAUCUCUAUGAAGAAAAGAGCAAAGCCAAAGCGCACGCUGUUGUGGAAGAUCAGAACAAACAGCUGUUGAACUCGAUGGAUCGGGUGCAGAUGAUUGAGGCCAUCAUUGGAUACAACGAUCUGAAGGAAAAUUUAGGCAACUAUCUGAAAAAGUUCGCUGAAAACAAGAAAGUCGUGCGAGUGGAGGAUAUUGAGGAGUUUUUCGAGGGCAUGAAAGCGCGCAAGAAGAAGAAGGUGGAGAUGACAUACAGUUGCCGUUAGUGGCCGCUUAUCAACUCAUUAUUACGUCGCUUUUAUUCAAAAACGCAAAUAUGAAAUUAUGUAGAGUUUGAAACAAUUAUUAUACUUAGUCCACUGUA